AUGAAUCCCGCAAAGCUUCUUGAGGAGCACAACACUGCUGUUGCCAGUAUCCAAGAACAAGUCAAGCACUUCUACGACAACAAGAAGCAGUUCCGAGUCUAUCAUGGCUCCACCAGCUCUACGCGCCCGCUGUCCUUCAAGGCCGAUGCCAUUGUCGACACCAGCAGCAUGGACCGUAUCUUUCCCGUGAAUCUGGAGACCAUGACUGUGCAGGCCGAGCCCAAGGUGCCCAUGGACGCGCUGGCCGCUCAUACGCUCAAACACGGAGUCAUUCCCAAGAUUGUGAUGGAGUUCAAGGGAAUCACCGUUGGCGGCGGCUACUCUGGCUUUUCCGGCGAGAGCAGCAUGUACCGCUAUGGUCUUUUCAAUAACACCGUGUCCGAGAUCGAGAUUGUGCUUGGCGACGGCACGCUGGAAAAGGCCAAUCGCGAACGCAACGCAGACCUGCUCGAGCAUGCUGCAGGCAGCCUGGGGACCUUUGGUAUCGUUACCCUGCUCACCAUUGAGCUGAUUCCGGCCACUCCGUUCGUUCAAUUGGACGUCCAGCUGGUCGACGACGUUGCCAAGGCCCACGAUCUCUUUGAGGAAGCCGCCAAAGACGAGUCGAUUCACUUCAUCGAUGGCGUCUACUUCCGCAGGGGCGUAAUUGUCGUCAUGUUUGGACGUUUUAUCAAGACCCUGCCCAAAGGCAAAUUCCCUCUUAAAAAGAUGGAGGUGCAUUGGUUUGCCGACACUAUUGAAGCUGCCAUCAAGAAGCAGCCUACCGCGGACAAGCCUGCGGAUCUCUACAUGUAUACCCCCGACUACCUCUUCCGCUACGACCACGGUGCUUUCUGGGGCGGCAAGCUUGCCUUUAAGCAUUUCCACGUACCUGAGAAUGCCAUUACUCGCCGCCUGGCCGACCCCUUCCUCGAUAGCCGUACCUGCUACCACGCGCUGCACAAGUCCGGACUUGCCAACGAAUAUGUCGUCCAGGAUUUUGGUAUCCCGGCUAGCACUGUCAAGGAGUUUAUUGCCUUUGUCAAUGACACGUUGCCAGAGCUGCAAAUUUUCCUGGCUCCUUGCAAGGCUCCCAGAGAGAUUGGUCUGACGUCUCGUUUCAACGCCCGUGUCGAUGAAGUCUCGGACCAGCGUAUUUUUGCCGUCGGUGUCUACGGCCGCGGACCUCGUGACCCCAAAGCCUUUUACGAGCUUAACCGCAAGCUUGAGCUGCGCAGUGCCGAACUCAUGGGAGCCAAGCUCCUGUAUGCGCGAACAUACUAUACCGAGGACGAAUUUUGGCUCAUCUACCGCAAGGAUGUCUACGACGAAAUGCGCAAGAAGUACAAGGCCGAGACGCUGCCCUCUGUCUAUGACAAGCUCAAGGCCGACAUGGACACUGGCGCAGGCAAGCGCAGGCCUGUGCGUGGCAUUCUCGAGACGAUGUGGGACAAGGCCAUUGGCAACAAGGCUUAUAUCCCUGUAAAGAAAUGA